CGCAGUAUACGUAAGCGGACAUAUAGAUAUAUAUUGUGGAGGGCGAUCCGUAGGGGCGCAUGGACUACAGACUCUACAGCCACUCGGAGAAGGCGGUGAGCCUCAUACCUCGCGUGUCUCCGGCGUAGCUCCGGAAGGCUGCUUCUUUGUGAGGGAAGAAAGGAGAGAGUCGCAGCGCAGAUCCGGAAUCAGGGAGGCAGAAAGGCGGUGUCUCUUCGCCCCCCGCGCCUUCUCUCGCUCUCAACCACAAAGGGGAGGGGGAGGGGAGGGGGGGCAGGCGAAGGCAAGGGCUUGCGUCCUUUCUGUUCUGUUCUUCUUCAGCAACAAGAGAAGGGAAGAAGACCGAGACAUUGCGCGAUGGAAGUGAAGAUGGCGACGACCGCCCGCUUCCGUUUCUGCCACUCCUCCUGCUCACAGACGUUCGCUUCUGCUGUCUCCUUGUUCGACCAGAGAGCGAAAUCGCCUUCUUCUUCCUCCUCCCCCUGUUCCUCCUCCUACUCCUCUUCCUUCUCCUCCCCUUGGAAAAGGAGAACCGGCGGAGAUGGCGCCCGCCUGAUUUGCCGAAGCUUGGGCCGAUCCUCUCUAUUCGGAAAGCCGGCUAGGGUGUCCAAAUCCAGGUCCUGCGAUCAACCAAAUGGCCGGAGCAGCCCCCUCCGGUGGACGUGCAAUGCUGCGCCUCAGAAUUUCUCAGAAGAGGAGUUCAUGAGGCAACUUCAGGAUUUGGCCUUCAAUUUCAGGCUCUCUGAUGACGAUGACGCCGGAGGCACCACCGGCGACACGCGAUCGGGGCCCGGCGUUGCUGACGAUAGGCCAGACUCUGUUAGUCAAUUAUUUGACGCAGUGGUCGCGAAGCAAUGGAUGGGUAUCCGGUGGCCAGGGGGAGGGCUAGGGGAAGAGAUCGAUGAGAUGUCCCUGUCUUCCCAGAUGAUGAAGGGGAAGGGGAAGGGGAAGGGCCAGGGACACUACCAAGGUGGAGUGAGCGAGUCGGCCUACUGUUCGGUGAAGAGAGCGUUUUCGUCCAUGGUGUUCAUGAUCAGGGAGCUACAGAGCUACACCCUGCGAAUCCGGCAGCUCCUCUUCUACGAAGACCUUCAUGAGAUCGUCGAGAACGUCCAGAAAGAAAUCCAUGCUUCCUUCGUGUGGCUUUUCCAGCAGGUCUUCUCCUGCACCCCCACUCUCAUGGUGUACGUCAUGAUCCUCCUAGCCAAUUUCACCGUCCAUUCCAUGGGCCACAACACCGCCAUCGCCGCGACCGCUCGGCCCACUCCGGCGGCCUCAGUCGCCGUCUCCGCCUCCACGCUCUCCGAGCACAAAAGCCCGAAAUUCGAAUCCGGUACUUUCUAUAAAUCAGCCGGAAAGGUACUCUCUAUCGGCGGAGCCUCCGGUGGUGGCACCGGAAGAGCACCGCCGGUGGCUGGUGGGACAGACGGUGGCGAAAACAGGCUCGAGAGGGAGCUUCUGUUCGACUCGUCAUCGCUCACCGGAAAUCCAACGAGCUCCGGCAGCGGCAUUGCGUCAGGAGAGGACGAGUGGACGCUAUGGACUUCGAUGGUGGAGGAGGCGUCGAAGAUGCAGGCAACUUCUAGAGGGCAGGCUCUUGACCGUGAGACUGCCCGAGCUCUGGUUGCUCCUGUGGUCGCUGAGAUCAAGCCCGACGACCUCACGGCCUAUAUACGAACGCAGCUCAUGUACCAGAAUGCCAUAGAGCAGGAGCCCAACAAUCCUCUGCUCCUCUCCAACUACGCGCAGUUUCUCUACCUCGUUGUCCAUGACCAUGACAGAGCGGAAGAGUACUUCCAGAGAGCUGCACGGGCAGAGCCUGUUGAUGCAGAAGCUCUCGUUCGAUACGCGAACUUCUUGUGGCUGGCUCGCAAGGAUUUCUCCCUGGCGGAGGAGACGUUCUUGGAAGCGAUUGGCGCUGAUCCUAGUAACACUUUCUACGCUGGGAACUACGCUCAUUUCUUGUGGAACACGGGCGGCGAAGACACCUGCUUCCCACUGGACGAAGCUUAGAAUUUUCCAUCCAACUUGUCUGGAAGAAGAAAAUGCCAUCAGGUGGUGAGGUGAUCACGCGCUCUGUUGCUCUAGGCCGCGCAUUGCAAUCAGUUGGUCCCCCUCUCUGUCUAAGUGAAGGAAAGCUGGUUCAUUGGUAGCGUGCCGUAUGUAGAGCUGCACCUACAAUGUCUGUCCUCGGUAGCUUUCUUUUGCACUGCUGAGACAGCGGUUGUGUGCUUUUGUUUUUUCCUUUCUUUUUCCUGUUCCUGCAGGCUAAUAAUGCUUUGAUGUCUGCCCAGGGAUACGUACCCUCCCCCCCAUUCUCACAGUAACUAAUCGUAAUUCCUUGUAAAUUCAGAUAGUGAAGAAACGUUUUUUUUCU